CUCGCCUCAGAGCAGGAGUGCCUGUGACACCGCUCAGCUUUGAUUCAUGCUGCUGUGGAGCCUCAUUUUUGGAUUGGCAGAACAAUUAAUGUGGCCGGAACAGAGCGCAUGAAGGAGGAGAAAAUGAAUGUGGAGGCUCUGAGCAGAGCAGAGCUGCUGACUCUCCUCAGUGUCUUGGAGGGAGAGCUGGAGGCCCAGGAUGUGGUCAUACAUACACUCAGGGCUCAACACAGAGAUGCUUUCAUCCAGGAGCGCUACGGCCAGUAUGACCUUAGCGAUCCAUUCCUGGCGCUGCAGCGGGAUAGCGAAGCCGUGGAGUGCCAAAAUACCGUCACCCAGCCUCACACACACCUGCAGGGUCGGGCGGUGGGCCCAAAUCCUCUGGCUGUGCUUAAACUGGUCAUGGCUCACUGCAAGAGGAUGCAGGACAGGAUGAUGGGACAGUUGGCUGCUGCUGAGAGCAGACACAGGAGGAUGAUAGCAGAUCUGGAGGAGGAGAAACGACAGCGUGCCCAGGACUCUGCGCAGAGUGAUGAUUUCACCGCCAUGCUGCAGACAGAAAGAGGCAAACUGCUGCAACAGUUGGAAGUGGAGCGUGCAACUGUGCGGAGGUUAGAGAAAGAACAGGCACAGCUGGUGAGCAAGGUGGAGGACUCACUGUCCCAGCAGCAGCAUCUCUCGUCAACUCUGACCCAGGAGCUCCAGAAAGCCAGCAGCCAGGCUCAAGAGGAGGCUCAGAAGGCCUCCCAACUAAGCACCUUGCUCCAAGAAGAGACCAGUGCCCUGAAGAAGCUCCAGGGUGUUCUUGAAAAUGAGAAGGGCAGAGCAACCCAGCUGGAGGCCAGGUCUGAGAGGCAGCUGGCUGAGUUUGACACAGAACGAGAGCAGAUGAAAGCCAGGAUUAGCAAAGAGGAGGAGAGGAGUAGGGAGCUAGAGCGACAGGUGGAGGAACUGAAGAAGAGGUUGGCUGAACUUGAGGGAUGUAAAGAAGAGGUAAAGGAGGCUGUGACAGAGGUGAAAGAGUCACUUUCCAAGAUGAUGGUGGUGUCCACCUCUGUUCAGACCGAACCAGAUGGAAAGGUAACUGUUACUCCUAAAUCCGCUUCACAGUCUAAGGUCAAUGGCCAUCACACUCAUAAGGAGACAGAAGCGACACAGGAAGGGAGGGGAGCAGAAAAUGGAGGAGUGGUAGAGAAUGGAGGAGGAGCACCUUUGCAUUCCCCUCUUCACCCUCAUUCUCACCCUCACCCUCACUCUCCCUCCAGCACAGCCUCCUCUUCUCUCUCCUCUUCCCCCAUUUCCUCCCCGGUUCUUGCCAAGCGUCUGGGCAGCCCAGGCUUCCAUCAGUCCUCCUACCAGGCUGGAGUCAACCAGCGAUUCCAAGCCGCCAGGCACAAGUUCCAGAGCCAGGCUGAACUGGAGCAGCAGCAAGGUGGCCCUCUUUCUCCCAGGGAUCUCUCACCCACCACCUCUUCCAUUCCUCCCCCACCAGAGCACAGCACAGCUAAGCAGCUGGCCCGCAAUACUGUCACUCAGGUGCUGUCCCGCUUCACCAGCCAGCAAGCUGGAGUCAAGCUGGCACCAAUCAGCAGCUCGCCUUUUGGUACAGACUACCGCAGUCUAGCAGCAACUCCUCCUGGGGGGAGGUCGCCUUCUUCAGGGCCCCUAUCACCAGGCAUUCGCUCCCCCCUCACUCCUCGCUCAGAGAAGACCCAUCCUCCUCCAAUCCCUCCCAAGAAGCCAGGCAUGAGUCCAACUCCAGGCUCCCCGAGUCACUCUGCUCGGACCAGCCUCUUCCCAGAGCUGACCGGGAGCUGUGGGCACAGUAACAAUGGGCAGGAGGGAGCCAAGGAGCCAGACUUGGUUUUAUCUUCUAGCAGCUAAUGGCCAGAUCAUACAACUGAAAUGCUAAACGAGUCAGGCCUUAAUCAACAGUUACUGUAAUAUUCAUCUUUGCUAGCCAUUGAGCCCACUUCAUUGCUCUCAUAAUCCGUAGUAUAGGCACUUCAAAACUGGACUGGUGCAAACAGAUGCAUUUAAGAGUUUGUUGCACCCCUACCUCUCUGCCACAACUUGAGAAAUAAUUGGGAAAGAAUAUAAUGUAGUGCAUUAUGUAUUCUUUCAUUGGAUUUAAUAUUUCGUAUAUCAACUUUCCGUCUUUAUGUCUUUAUAUGGAAUAUUUGUAGGUUUGAAAUUUGAAAAUUACAUUCCCAUUUUAUCUCAGUUAUUUUCCACUUUAACCCUAUUAUAUUGAGGGUAUUGAGAAACCAUAUAUAGAGACAUUUUGAUUUUGAAGUAAGAAAUAGCAAUGGGAUUUCAUAGCACUACACUCCUUUUCCUUUAAUGCUCAAAGUGCCCGUCCUGUUAGAUACAAAUACUGUAUAGCAAGUAGAAGGGUUAAAACAUGGAUGUAGAGUAUAGCAAAUGUGUAGCCAUCACCACUUCACAAUAAAAUAGUGAGUAGUUUUUAAAUGUUUUCCCAAUGAAUUCGUAUGCAGUCCCUGUGAAGAUGGUCCAUGAAAACAAUAUUAUAAUGUAAAUAGUUUAAAUGAACAACAUCACUUACAUGUGCUGUUUUUUUCUGCUACACUUGUCGUGAAUACACUGAAUCUUGUUUUGAAAAGGGAGAGCACACUUUGCACUACGUUACUGUAACAUAACUCUAUGUCUAUAACUUUGGAUGUUUAAUUCAGGGAAGGUUAAUUUCUGCUUCACUCAAACUAAGAAGGACUAUGUGUCAUAGUUAUCUGAUAACUAUACUCUUCCAUCAAUGAAGAUAAUGCAGACUAAAGGUUUGAAUCUUGCUACUGUAACUAUUGUUCCUAUAGUAUAUGUCAAAUAAUUUACAUAGUAUUGUGUGUUGUCCCGACAGUGCUCCAUAUCAGAUAUUUCUUAAGGUUUACUGUGUUUUGUUUUUUAGCUUUGAAACCAAGAAUUGAUCAAAAGUCAUUAUUUUAGCCUAUCAAGUUAAAUCUGUUGAUUUAUACGCUGGUUGUCUGUGAGGGGCAACAUCCCCUCAGCUGUCUCUAGUAAAUAUGCAUAUCAUGGACACCUGCAUCACCUACACCUAGUGCUAUUUUAAAUAAAUUACCAAUGCCUUAAAGCUUAGAGGGUUUUUCUAUUAAGACAGUUCCAGCUGGCAACGGCCUUAAUCUUUGCUGGUGAGCUGCGCAAGACAUAUUUGACAGCAUGACAAGGAAACAAUCCAGCCGAGAUGUUCAAUCCGUUUAUUUGUACAACAGAAUGGGGCAGUACUGUCUUUAACUUUAUAACUGAUCGGCACACAGUUGUAGUAUAGUGUGAGGGUUGAACACAGCACAUAGUCUAGCUAACAAAUAACUGAUCCAGAGUCAGCCUACUUAGAAGUCAUGUAACACAUACAGUAUGAUGUGGCCUUGUAGAAGCCAUGUAACAUAUACAGUAUAUGAUCUUGCCUUACAUGGCAACUGCUUUGCGUUCACUUGGCAUUGACCAAUACACAAACAGUUUGUUACAGUUAAGAGUGCAAUAUUAUAAGACUCCAACAAAAACCAGCAUAUUAAAAUAGAAAUUUGCAUACAUGGGUGGGAGGAUGGAGUUCUUUACCAUAGGAAAGAGAUUUUGGCAAAUAAAUCUUGGUUAUUAUGUGUAUGUUUUCCUUUCACAAAGGAAAAGCUGUACAGCAAUGGAGGUGGUGUUGCCAAAGUAAGAGACCAGAGAAUACAUUAUAGAUGCAGCAGCAUAAAAGUUGCUUUAUCUUAUUUCAGUCAUCAUAGCUUGCAUUGGUGGAGACACAUAUAUCAGUGGAGCGCAACAGAAAACAAGUAAACAUUCCCUCAGCCCUGACAGACACCGACAAACAUAAAGGUCUACAGUGCAGGAACAGAGCUAUGCUGAGGAACGUGCUACUACAAAAUGUUAACAGCCAAGAAUACUGUCAGUUUCAUUAUAUACGUAUUACUGAGUUCCAUGUCAGUUCAGCAAUACAAUAAGCUUUGUACCAGUUACAAUAUCAGAUGACUGCUACUCAUUUUCCUGCUAAUGUCCCAGUUUAAUGAUGAACCUGAUUUACAAUUCCACGAUGAAACAAAACCUUUCACAAAA